AUGUUUACCCAAGAACUUAUUGAAUCAAUCGUUUGUGCUCAUAAUAAAUUAAAAGUUUCUAUUGCUAGUCAGCCUAGAGCCUUGAGUAUUAUACAAGGACGUGUUGUAUGGGUAACCCAUUACCUUCUGGGCGGAAUUGCCAUAACAUGGGCAUUCUUCUUAGCAAGUAUUAUUGCAGUGGGAUAG